AUGGCGUACGAGAGCUUCAAUCUUUUCACAUUCGUUUGUCUCUCUCUUCUUUGUCUCGCCCAGGGUAGAGUAGUAGGGAAGCAGUUAGAUGCGGAAAACUCCAAGAAUCAUAAGAAUGGGAAAGGCUUCAAUUACCAUCCAAUAAUGUCAAGCGGUUAUCGUCCUCUGGAUGAGUCAGCUUAUGCCCGUCAUUGGGCGGUUUAUCAAACAGAUUUCGAGUUUUAUGGUACAAGAGUCGAACUAAAUGUAUAUGGCGCGCCGAAUAUUAAAUCCAAUCAAGUAACCGCAUCUGCAGCUUCCCUUUCAAAUGGACUUGAUGGCCCACCAGAAAAUUUCAAUACAGUACAAGCAGGAUGGCAAGUGAAUCCUGCACGUUAUCAUGACUAUGACGUUCACUUCUUCACUUAUUGGACGGCAGAUGGUUAUAACUCCACCGGUUGUUUUGAUCUUUUGUGUAAGGGUUUUGUAUUAGAUAAUUCAUCCCAACUUGUGCCAGGAGACACGCUAAUUCCAUCCACAUACGGUGGACCACAAUAUUAUUUUAUGCUUAGAAUACAAAAGGAUUCAAAAACUGGAGAUUGGUGGUUAUAUAAAGAUGAUGAGGAUAAUACAACAAUGCCUAUAGGUUAUUGGCCAAAUUCUCUUUUCACUACCUUGCAACAAAAUGCAUCUAAUAUUGAAUGGGGUGGAUAUGUUCGUUCUUGGAAAAGUGAUAAGAGCCCUCCAAUGGGCAGUGGACAUUUUCCUUCGGAGGGUGAAGGGCAAGCAGCUUCCCUUAGGAACAUUAAGUACAUCACCUCUGGAGGUGGAAUCUUCUCACCUCCCCAGGAAAUGCUUGGUUCUUAUGUUGAUAGAAAGGAUUGUUACGAUGUUGGAGAUUACGAGACUUCAAAUAAGAAUGGAGGUUUUGAUGGCUAUGGAAAAUUCCUUUUCGGUGGACCAGGAGGCUGUACUAAUUAA